UAAGUUUUUUCCCAGUAGUGAAUAAAGCUCAUGUCUACUCCAACAUCUUCCCCUAAACAUUGCAUCCCUUAACCAUCAUUUUCCCUCAAUUAUUUCCCUCUUUAGACAUGGAUAAUUCUUUAGAUCUUAGUAUAGUAAAGAAAGAGCCGGGUUUGUCGUCGAUUUGUCCAACGGAUUCAGGAAUCUUUGAUUCAAUGAUGCAAGACGGAUUUCAAGACAAUUUUCAAUCAAUGCAUGAUUGUAGUGAAGAGGUCCCUGUAGACUGGCUAUCAAGCUUUUUCGACGAAGUCCCUUCAUGUAUGGAGCAAACUUUACCAAACUACACUCUUCCUGAAUACACUUCCAGUGGAACACUCCAAUAUUCUGCAAAGAACCACUCUUUAGGUCUGAGUGGUUUAAGUAUGGACCCAAUGCCCGCAUUACCAGAAGAUUGUUCAAAUGAAUCUUUAUAUUGCCCAACCCCGACAGCAAGGUCUCGGUCGCCUGACUUCGACCACCACAAUAGUAAAUCUCUCAUUAUAGACGAUACGAACGAUGAUCUUAAAACAAACUUAUUCGGUAGAAACCCUUUAUGUCCUCCGUUUAAUACCACACAAGAUCAUUUUAAUGGUCACCUCGAAGGAUCAGAGAUCGAACGUAUAAACUCAAUGAAUGAGUCAAAAACUUCUCUCGGAAUAAAUUUGGCUGAAGCUGAUGCAGACAUCGGAGAAAACGAAUCUGGUGAUGGGUAUUACUAUACAUCUCUUCCUAUCCAGUCCGAAUAUGCCACGCUCAGACGUUGCACGCAAUACAGUUACGAUUCCAGUGCCCAUUCACCAACAAGCACGACCCCCAGCACACCACCAAGAGAAGGUGAACUGAGCAUAGGUGGAUCAAGCCCAAGAGAAACCACACCACAAUGUUUCAAGCCACAAGACAAGCAGCCAUUUUUUCUGACAGAAGAAGAAAGAAGAACAUUAGUCUCGGAAGGUUUACCAGUUCCAGCUGGUUUACCAUUAACAAAGGUCGAGGAAAGAGCUCUCAAGAAAGUUAGAAGAAAAAUAAAAAAUAAGAUAUCUGCACAAGAAAGCAGGCGCAAGAAGAAAGAGUACAUGGAAACAUUAGAAAAGAGAAUUGAAACAUGUUCAAAUGAAAAUAUGGAUUUACGGAAGAAAUUGGAUGGUUUAGAAAACACAAACAGAUCAUUACUAAGCCAACUUCAGAAACUACAGUCAAUGAUUAACAACACAAAAACGCAUUGUCCUGUGAGUGCAUGCUCGACGCAAACAAGUACAUGCCUAAUGGUUGUUGUACUGUGUUUUGCUGUCUUUAUUGGUAGCUGGAGUCCACUAACAAAAAAUGGACUGUCUUUUCCUUCUCAUCAUGUGUCUGAUCACACAGCUCCUAAACAGCCAAUGGACUACACCACUCCCUCAGUCCGCUCGAGAGUGUUGCUGUCGGUAGAUGAUAAUGAAAGUGAAGAGUUGGAAUUUGCACCGACACCGAGCAUCAUGGAUGCAAUGGCAGCAUACCUAUCUCCAGCGCCAACGAUAACAGCUGCUGUCGACAAUGAUACCAACAAGUAUGUCGCUAUGGAAACAUCAUCAGCCAAAGCAAAUCCAAAGGGACAUCUGGGAGCAUCAGCUGCUUGACAUAUUUAAGAAGCAGUUGACCUUAUGGUUGGUAGUCAUAGCAACAUAAUGAUGAGGCUCUUCAAUGAGAACCUUUAAAUUUUAGAAAAUGAUGGCAAUGUGACUGAAAAAUGAAAAUUUUAAACCAGAAGACUGUGAGCAGUCCAACUUUUGUCUUCAUGCAGACUUAAAAAGACUAGUCUUAGGAUAACAAGUUUUAGCAUUCCUGUGCAUGCACAGAAAUUGGAGCAGGAAGAGGCUCUAAUCUCUGCACAUCCAUAAGGAUCUUAAAGCUCAAUGUUCUAAAAACUUAUUCUAACAUCUUUACUGAGUCUGGAGAAAAAGUAGGAUUAUUCUCAGUCCGGUCAGUCAGUCUAUCUGUAAAUAGAAAUUGUGAGGAUUUUCAAAAAUCAUUCAGCUAUCUUUUUCCUUGUCUCACAAAAACAAAACAAAAAAAUACUUUUUCAAAUAACUGUAGACUGGGAAGAUGAAUAGGUAACUUAAAUAGURAAUAGAAUUAAAAAAGCUAAACAACAAUAAGGCUUAAUUAUAAGUCUACCAGAAAACUUCAUAAUUUUAUUCUUGCAAAAUGGAAUAUAUUUUAAACUUUCUGAGAACGAUUUUUGGGGAAUAAUUUUACCUCAGUCUGACCAAAACAAUUUUAAACUGAAUAAAUUUGCGAGCCAUAUUUUAAAAUGGUGCAAAAAAUUUGUAUACGGGUGAAAAUGAAAUACAAUUUAAUAGUCAAAAUCUUUAGAAAUUUCAUUAACAAGUUUGUUAAUUAAUUAUUAAUUAAUUGGCCGAUAUUAAAUGUAGUAAUCAAUUAAUUUAUAACAAAACAAUUGGGGAAUAAAUUGCUCUUUAGUCGUACUAAGCGGCAGCGAAAGGAAUUUAGCAUUAAUAAUCAAAAUAUAGUGAAUUUAGCACGGUGUAUUUAAAAUAUAGUUCAGUAAAAGUAAGUAUGGUAAGUUAUGUAUUGCAAAGCAGAAAACGUUUCGGUGAUUUCAUUUUAUAACAAUAUAUGUUCCUUUUUAUAAUGGUGUCAUUAACUACGGCUACCAGAAUCCCUUGCACACUUUCUUUUGUUCAAUUAAUUAGUACCAACGUAUUUUGGUAGUCGUAGUACAAUGAUACCAUUAUGCAAACGUCUUAUUACAAUACAUUAUGAAAUCAUGACUGUAAUAGAAAUCACCUUAUGUUUCGCUGCCUCUUAUCAUCUCUAUUGAUGUUUCGGUAAGAAUAUUUUCUAUAUUCAUCUAGGCAAUGUGCAAGAACGAAUCUCUAGCACAAAGCAUGAUGGGAAACUGAGUACUACACAAAACAGAAUAAGAAAAUCAAUAGAUUUAUCAGGAAAAAAUACUGUUAUUUUCCUCUGUUGAAAUACUUACAGUUUCUUAGAAAAUGUCGAAGGAAAAAUUGUCAGAGGGAUUUUUAGAGGAGCUCGGAAAAACCGUAAGUACUCGGUUUACCAUCAUGCUUUGUGCUAGAGAUUCGUGCUCGUGCACGUGGGGAAAGAAUCAUACUCAAAAGAUAUAGUAAUAGUACAGUUACACUUAUCUUUUCUCUUUGAAGUCCACUUGGAAAUUUUUAACCUAUUUGUACAUUGGACUUUCAAUUCAAGAAAGAUAUAGACGCUUUGACUCUGAGCGUAUUUUUUUGUCCAUCUUCGAAGUAAUAAAUAAUAGGAUGCUCAACGGAAUUUGCGAAACAUUUCGGUAGUGGUAGUCCAACGCCUUAUUGGAAUGACAUUGUGUUUUUAAUUGCAUUGAUAUAGUAAUGAAAUAAUACCGUCAAGAGAAUAAGCUGAUUUAUUUACACUUAAAGUCAAAGUGUCAAAGUAAGACUGUUAAAAAUAUGUUACAGUUAACACACUGAGUAUAUCAAAUAGUAUAUUUUUGUCAGAAAAUCUUUGUAUUAAGCUUUGUUUCAUUUCUGGGAAACAUCUCGUUUUCAAAUUGGAAAUUUGAGAAGGUAUGUAAUAUAAAAAAUACUUGUAUAAUUAACGGUGGUGCUUCGUCAGACGUUAGCACUAAACAUGAAACUAAUAAAUAUGAAAUAAAAUCAUAACAUCACAUUCAAAAUUAUAUCGCUACGUUAUUAAUGUAAAUAGAGGGAUUGUUAAAGCCUAAAAUAUCUUCAAUAAAAAAUGUUGAAAACUUA